AUGGCACAUAGUUUGAAAAGAAAGUCUCCAGAAAAUGGAGACAAUCUACUCUUUGACAGCUUCUCGCUUGAUGAUUUGAAUGAAGAUCUAUUUGAAAGGGUUCUGUCGUGGCUACCGACUUCGGCUUUUUUCCGCCUUACUUCUGUCUGCAAAAGAUGGAAAUCAGCUGCUGCUUCUGUGAGUUUCAAGCUUGCUUGCUCAAAUGUCCCUUCAAGGGAUCCUUGGUUUUUCAUGGUUGCCCCGAGUCUUAACCAAUCGGUUAUUUUUGACUCGGCUGAAAACAGUUGGAAAAGACUCAAUCAUCCAAAUCUUUUGCUCGAAGAUUCCAACAAAAGUUGCAUACCUGUUGCAGCCUCUAAUGGCCUAGUUUGCUACCGCACGUCGUUGGGGAACUUCAUUGUGUCCAAUCCCGUGACCGGGUCUUGUUGCGAACUUCCUCCGUUGAAUCUCAACUCAGAAAACCAAUCUCUCAAUGCUGUGGUUAUGAGUGCUUCUUUCAAUGACCAAAUGUCCUACAAGAUUGUGUUGGUCUUUGGUGAACUACCAAAUCUUUCGUUUAAAGUCUAUAACUCUAACUCGGCCUGUUGGGAAGACGAGAAUGAUCUUGGGAGGAAGGUCGAUGAUAGCUCUUCGGAUUGUGAUUCGACUGACGACAAUGUUGUUUACUUCCUUAGCAAGGCUGGAAACGUGGUGGCAAGUAGCAUGCAGAGAAGUCCAACCAAACAAUAUUCAUCGGUCAUUACUAACAAAGACGGCCAGGAGAUAGUCUAUUUUCUGAGCUCCUCCGGAACUGUUGUGGCUUGCAAUUUGACUUGCAAAUCUUUCAUGGAAUACCCUAGGUUGUUACCUGUUUUCUGCGAGUACUCUAUCGACAUUGUAGAGUGUAACGGUGAGAUGCUAGUUGUUUUGCUAUCAGAAUUCUUGGAAAGCACGAGUCUUCGUGUGUGGAAAUUCGACGAGGCUAACCGUUGCUGGCAACAGAUUGCAGCAAUGCCUGCCUCAAUGUCUCACGAAUGGUACGGAAAGAAGCCGGAUAUCAACUGUGUUGGUGCCGGUUCUCGGAUUUUUAUAUGCUUGAACUCUCCCGAGCUAUGCACUUAUGUUACAUGUGAUUUGGCGACCAACAAAUGGGUUGAAUUGCCAAAAUGUUGCAUCAAUGGAGAAGUCACGGAGUUCAUGUCUGCUUUUUCGUUCGAGCCGAGGAUAGAGGCUUCUGUGUGA